UGCAUUCAGCCGGAAAUGAACGCUAAAAAGAGAAGAAGAAGAAGUUUCGAGAUGCACAAACAACUCGCUGAGAGAAAAAAUAACCAAGAAAUAAUAAACUAAUUCAAAUUGAGACAUUAUUAACAGCAGUCUUACAAAGCAGGAAACAAAUUAGCAGUGGUAAAUAUUAACUUCGUGGCCAAGUAAUAGCACAACCUCUCUAUACGCAGAGGUGAAGUUAGUUAGCUGCAGUUAGCCGACCUGUCAGCCGGUGUGAAGCCGCAGCAUGUCGGUGCACUUUGAGGAGAGGAGCGGGGUCGUCCCCUGCAAGACACCCUGGGGGUCCUGGUACCAAACCAUGGAGGAGGUCUUCAUAGAGGUCAACGUGCCUCACGGGACGUCUGCUAAAGAGGUCAAGUGCCAUUUGGGGUCCAGAGACAUCGAGCUGCUCGUCAAAGGGAACGAAAUAAUCAAGGGAAAGUUCUUUGACACAACCGUGUCUGACGAGGCUACGUGGACACUGGAGGACAAGAGUCUCAUCCAGAUUGUCCUGAUGAAGACUAACAGAGAGGCGGGAAACUGCUGGUCCUCUUUGUUAGAGGGGGAGUACUGUGCCAACGCCUGGGUCCAGGACCAGAUGCAGAGGAAGCUCACACUUGAGAGGUUCCAGCGAGAGAAUCCUGGAUUUGACUUCAGUGGUGCCGAGAUCUCUGGGAAUUUUGCUGGCGGUGGUCCGGACUUUUCCAGUUUGCAGCAGUGACGGACGCUUAAAGCCUGAUAUGUGCCCAAUGAACACUGCUGAGGACAUGCAUAGCAUGCAGACGAACAAGCCAAAAAGAUUUGCCUUCACAAUAAUCUUAAUAUUGGGCGUCUACAAGACUUCAUUGUAUGAGGAAGUGACAUUUUUCACAGCAGCCGUAUAAUCUGGCUUUUCUUGACUGUGGAGGACUGAUUUUGUUAAGCCUGCUUUGGCAGGUUCAAGGCCUGUUAACAGUUGAUAGGAAACGUUCAGUCUGGAUAUAAGAUGCCUUGGAAAUGUGUUGUCUUUGAAAAAUAAGAGGAAUGCACACAGCAAUAGCUUUUCAAUAAAGUUUUAUUGAAAGGUACCAGUACAUAGGUUAACUAGAUGGUGUAUUCAAUUAGCCACUUUGAAUUUCAGAACACAUUUUAUUUUUGUCACUAAGAGAAACUCAUCAUACUAGACAGGGAAACUGGCAAAGAAGAU